AUGACUACGAUCAGCACGAGGUCGAAGUCUCCAACACGUUCGGAAGCAAUCGCCAAGUCGCUUGUACCAGUACCAACCUUUUGCACUGGUGUGCUUCAAGGAAAUUGGGUCGAGGACAGAAUCGAGUGUCCCAAAGGUGGUACCUAUUAUUUUCCACCUAAAGAAAGGAUCGACUACGAGAAAUUAAAGCCAGAAUCAAGGCAGCUUGAUUUCCGCUUAAAUAAAUUAAACGGUUUGCAGGGCUACGUUCACGCAGUAGUCCGUCACGACAGUCACGCCACCUGCGGCAACUUCGCCACCACGACUGACGUUGUGUACAACCAUCUUCCGAAACCAUUGUGUGGACCUAUCCAGCGUUAUUACAAACGCAGCGCCCACCAGUUCUACCCGCAGCCGGAUCUUAUGAAAUGCUUCGGCAACGUAACAGAAUGGGGCCUGAAGAAAUAUCUUGAACACGAGUGGAAGUGCACUGACGUGUCGGACUAUUCGUCGACUUUGUAUGAAGAUACCUAUGUCCCGCCAAUGCCUCAUCAGUAUCUUCAACGUUGCGAAAGAAAGGCCAGGAAUUCGAGCUUCACAAAAAGUUUUCGCUACAAGAUGACAAAAUCAAAAUAAUGAUAACAUCAAGAAUCAUUUUCUUCAUCACUCUUUGCAAAAAUUACUAGUCUUUAAAUAUCACAUUUUGUUCGAGAGAGGACAGUGACGUCCGUAUAAAAAUUGUAACAAUACAAUAAUUCUUAAUGCUUUCAUAUAACACGGCCAUCACCCGGCACCAACCAACAGAGAUCAGCAGACACUUACACACUAACUUCACUCAGACAUUACAACUAAUAACCGCUUACAAUCUAAAUGAAUUUAAUACUAUAUAAUUUAACGAAGUUACUUAACAUAAUGGCAGUUCAUGAUACUGUAGUAUAUAAAAACAAUCAAAGAAUAAAAAGGCGAAGUGUUAGUUGAACGCAAUAGUUACUAUGCCAAUCUGACUAGCAGUUGAGCAUAAAGACACUGGCACACUUAAAACACGCCACCCGAACCGACGCCCCGCGAUUAUAUGAAUAAGUGAAUAAUGGAAACUACUAUUUUCCAUGAACAGUACCGUGAGUAAGUGAUAAUGUACUCGAAUUCAUAUCUAAUCCUUAUUUGGAUACACAU